AUGAUAUGGUUAAGUUAUAUGUUAAAAUAAAGAAAGAUAGGAAAAUAAAAAAGAUAAAUGAAUUUUAUGAAGAGAAUAAAGAAUAAAAGUAAUUAUAAUAAUUGUAAAAAAAUAAUAAUAAUUAUGAUGAUUGUAGUAAUUGAUUAAAAAAAUAAAAAGGGAUAUAAUAAUUUUAAGGAGUUUAUAAAAGGAAAGAAUGUUUUAUGAGUAUUAAUAUUAAAGAAAUGUAUAAAUUUUAUGGUGAAUUUAAAUAAUUAUGUAAAAUGUAUAAUGAAAUUGAUGAAAAAAAAAAAAAUGAAGAAAUAUUUAGAAAAAGAUAAGGAAUUUGUUGAAAAUAUAAUGAAAUUAAUAAAGUUUAUGAUAUUAAUGAAGAUAGUAAAUAUUAUAAAUUAUUGUAUAGAUUAUAAAAUGAUUAUAAUAAUUUUAAAAAUUAUUGUAAUAUAA